AUGUUAUCAACCCGCAACCACUUCGUGAAGUUCCGAAAACUCAGGUGUCCAGUGCCGGGGGACAUCCCCAUCUACCAAGCGGGACGGUUGCAGUAUUUGGAGGAGCUGAAAGGAUUUCCGGCGGGAGAGGGCGGCACACACUGUGAGCGGCUGACGCAGUUGGGGUUGGCGGGCUGUGGUCUCCAGGGUAGUUGGGCGGCCGGUGUCUGCAGAGUAGAAAAGUUCGGGGAAAGUAGGGACGUGGGAUCGUCAUACCAGUUCUGA